AUGAACAAAAGAGUAUUUGUAUAUCUCAUAACAACCCUAUCUGUAUAUCUCAUAACAACCCUUUCUAGAGCAGUAGGAAUAGUCCAUAACUUGAAAUCAGUCUUGUACAUAGCAGACAAUUUUCAAGAACCAAGUUACUUAAAGUUUGUGUACAAUGCCACGGCCUUUCCAUCAGAGGACUCUUAUGACUACAUUAUUGUAGGAGGAGGCACUGCGGGGAGUCCAUUAGCGGCAACAAUUUCAGAAUCUUUUAAAGUACUUGUUUUAGAACGUGGUGGUGUGCCCUAUGGCAAGCACAAUUUGAUGACUCAAGAAGGGUUCUUGACCACCCUUAUGGAGGUUGAUACUUACAAUUCUCCUGCUCAAGCCUUCACCUCUGAGGAUGGAGUUCCGAAUGCUCGAGGCCGUGUUCUUGGUGGCAGUAGUGCAAUCAAUGCUGGGUUUUAUAGCCGGGCGGAUAAAGAUUUCUAUCAGAAAUCAGGUAUGGAUUGGGACCUUAGAGUUGUGAAUGAGUCUUAUGAGUGGGUAGAGAAGGCGGUUGUGUUUAGGCCUGAUUUGAGAAAUUGGCAAUCUGCUGUUAGAGAUGGGUUAUUGGAGGCUGGUGUUGAUCCUUAUAACGGGUUUAACUUGAAUCAUGUUGUGGGGACUAAGAUUGGUGGUUCAACUUUUGAUAGUUCCGGGAGGAGGCAUAGUGCCGCUGAUCUUCUUAGUUAUGCAAAAAGUUUGAAUAUUAGAGUGGCUGUCUAUGCAAGUGUGGAGAGGAUUUUGUUGGCAUCUUCUUCAGCUGAUUCUGGAGCUAAGCGGACGGCAAUUGGUGUGGUUUAUCGUGAUGCAAUAGGGCAGUAUCAUCACGCAAUGUUGAGGGAAAAUGGUGAGGUGAUGGUAUGUGCUGGUGCUAUUGGGAGUCCACAGUUGUUGCUGUUGAGUGGCAUUGGUCCAAGGCCUUAUCUAUCAUCUUGGGGAAUUCCGGUAGCAUUUCAUAAUCCACAUGUGGGGCAGUAUCUAUAUGAUAAUCCGAGGAAUGGCAUCUCAAUUGUGCCUCCAAUCCCACUGGAUCACUCAUUGAUUCAGGUUGUUGGCAUUACUGAAUUAGGGGCUUAUCUUGAAGCAGCUUCCAAUGUUAUCCCUUUUGCAUCCCCAGCUCAGUCUAUUUUCAUCAGGACACCGUCUUCGCCUCUUUAUCUCACUGUGGCUACCCUCAUGGAGAAGAUUAUUGGGCCAGCUUCAAGUGGUACAUUAAGGCUGGCUUCAACAGAUGUCAGGGUGAAUCCAAUUGUUCGGUUUAAUUACUUCAGCAAUCCAGUGGAUAUCGAAAGGUGUAUAAAUGGCACACGCAAGAUUGGUGAUGUUCUAAGAAGCCGAUCCAUGGAUAUUUUCAAGUUCCGUGAACGGUUUGGUGCCAGGAACUUCAGGUUUGUUGGGCCUGCAUUGCCUGUUGAUCAAUCUGACCAUGCCCAAAUGGCUGAAUUCUGUCACCGCACUGUUAGCACUAUUUGGCAUUACCAUGGAGGCUGUGUUGUGGGGAAAGUAGUCGAUGGUGAACUCCGUGUGCUUGGUAUAGAUGCUCUCCGAGUUGUUGAUGGAUCGACGUUUGACAUAUCACCAGGAACCAACCCUCAAGCUGCCUUGAUGAUGCUUGGAAGAUAUGUUGGACUGAAGAUACUCAAAGAGCGGUUAAGAAAUCGAUGAUCGUUUUCU